GCGGGCCAUAUUGAGAGUAGGAGCGCAGACACGGUUCACUCUUUGUACCGAACGCAGACUGCACCGACUGGUGCCAGACUUAUAAUUUAUCCUUCAGCGAACUACAGGGCUUAUGUCUCACAUUUAGAUACUUCAAACACACCACGCUGGACUUGUGUCGGACCAGUUAUAUCGAGUCUGUGCGUUUUUUAAUAAACAGAUCUUUAAUUUGUUAGAAAGAGGUGAACACGUCCUUGAUUUUCUGGCCUCGGCGGCUUGGAAAACCUAACACAUACUGAGUGGUUUCUAAUUGGAAUGGAUACUGGAGUUGUCACUGAAAAGAAAAGGGUGAGCUCGGAGCGCAGGAAGGAGAAGUCCAGGGAUGCAGCGCGAAAUCGCAGGGGACAGGAGUCUGAGGUGUUUUAUGAGCUAGCACACGAGCUCCCCCUGCCACACAAUGUCACCUCCCACCUGGACAAAGCUUCCAUCAUGAGGCUGACCAUCAGUUACCUGCACAUGAGGAACCUGCUCAGCUCUGAUGACGACGAGAAGGAGAAUGAAUUGGAGUGUCAGUUGAAUAGCUUCUACCUGAAGGCCCUGGAGGGUUUCCUCAUGGUUCUCUCUGAAGAUGGAGACAUGGUUUAUCUCUCUGAGAAUAUCAGCAAGAGCAUGGGCCUCACACAGUUUGAUCUGACCGGUCACAGCCUCUUUGACUUUUCACACCCGUGUGAUCAUGAGGAGUUGAGAGAGAUGCUGGUCCAUAGGAUGGGAUCCAAAAAAAACAAGGAAACGCAAAACACAGAGCGAAGCUUCUUCCUGCGUAUGAAGUGCACUCUCACUAGCAGAGGGCGCACUGUCAAUACCAAGUCUGCUACAUGGAAGGUACUCCAUUGCACAGGCCAUGUCCGUGUACAUGAGCGCAGCGAGGGUUCUGGAGACCGUGGCUUUAAAGAGCCCCCUCUGGCCUACGUUGUGCUUAUCUGUGAACCCAUUCCUCAUCCGUCGAACAUCGAGGUGCCUCUGGACAGCAAGACCUUCCUCAGUCGCCACAAUCUGGACAUGAAGUUCUCUUACUGUGAUGAAAGGAUCACAGAGUUAAUGGGACAUGAGCCAGAUGAUCUGCUGAACAAGUCAGUGUAUGACUACUAUCAUGCCCUGGAUUCAGACCAUCUAACCAAGACACAUCACAACUUGUUUGCAAAGGGCCAGGCUACCACAGGCCAGUACCGCAUGCUGGCUAAGAAAGGUGGUUACGUAUGGGUGGAAACUCAGGCCACCGUCAUCUACAACCCCAAGAAUUCCCAGCCACAGUGCAUUGUGUGCGUCAACUAUGUGCUCUGUGGCAUUAUGGACGGGGACAUUAUCCUUUCGCUGCAGCAGACCUUGACAGAGCCCAAGGCUGUGGAGAAAGAGAGCCAGGAGAUGGAAGAAGAGCCAUCUGAGGUGGAUGUGCUCAAACUCUUCAGGCCAGAAGGGCUCAAGCAUUGCAGGGAGAGCUCUGGAAGCUUGUAUGAGAAGCUGAAGAAGGAGCCUGAGGCCCUCGCUGGUUUGGCACCUGCAGCAGGAGACACCAUCAUCUCUCUGGACUUCAACAACUCAGAUCCUGACAUGCAGCUGCUGAAGGAGGUGCCCCUCUACAAUGAUGUCAUGUUGCCCUCCGGCAGUGAGAAGCUGCUUUUGACUCUGUCUCCUCUGACCCCCAGCGAGUCCACCCCACCUCUGACCAAACUGGAGACAGGAGCAGAGGACUUCCCUUUCAGCUCAGACUCACACCGGUUUCCUGACUCAACAAACACACCUUCUACACUAGGACUUUGCUCCUCUGGGCCCAACAGUCCAGUGGAUUACUGUUUCCAAGGGGACUCUGAUAUCAGUUCUGAAUUUAAACUGGACCUGGUAGAGAAACUGUUUGCUAAUGAUACAGAGGCAAAGACCCCUUUUACCACCCAGGACAUGGAGGAUCUUGAUCUGGAGAUGCUAGCUCCAUACAUCCCAAUGGAUGACGACUUCCAGCUGCAUAUCCCCUCUCCACUGGAACCGCUCCCCUCUGGCCCUAACUCUGUGUCAGCCAUGAGUCCCCUGUUCCAGCCUUUACCCACCCCUUUAUCUCCAGCUUCUACUUCCAGCAUUGCAGUGAAGCAGGAGCCAUCCUCACAGGCCCCUUCACCCCUGCACCUUCUGCAGAAGGUGUGCAGCGCCCCGGUCUCACCCCUCAGUAGCAGCCGAGUGGCUUCCCCAGCACAUUCCCCCACCCCACAGGGAGGCAAUCAGCUCAAUAACAGAAUGCCUAUGGGGGAUCGAGAGCUGUCUCCAAAGAUGCUUGCCAUUCAGAAUGCCCAACGGAAGAGGAAACUGGAGGAGGUGACAUCACUUUCUGAAGCUGUUGGACUGGGUGCUUUUCUUCAGAGUGUGGACAAGGCUAUAGAGUCUGGAAAGAGGGCAAAGGUUUUGGAGGUUAAAGGAUCAAGUGUGCUUGGGGGAAACAAAACCAUUCUCAUACUGCCCUCUGAUGUGGCAAGUCGUUUGUUGUCCAGCUCAUUAGAGAGCAGCGGUGGGCUGCCUCAGCUAACACGCUAUGACUGCGAGGUCAAUGCUCCAGUUCAAGACCGCCAUCAUCUUCUCCAGGGAAACGAGCUCCUGCAUGCUCUGGACCAAGUCAACUGAGCUUUGCUGUGUUUAGCUAUUCUGGACACCAUCCCUCUCUCUGCCCUUGUCCCUGAUCCAUAAAAUUUGCGUUCACUUGUCACUCUUAUUCAACACCCUACCCAAUCUGAUAAUAUUCUCUGUAAACCCCAGUAUUUUUCAAAAUGUACUAGAAGAGCUGCACCUUCCAUUGAUUCUAGUGGGCUUCCCUCCCUCUAGUGAUGCAAAAAGGAGCCCAGAGGGAGUAAUUACAGGGUGUAGAUGGCAGUCUCUUCCCUGUCAGUGGAGAUAUAAAAGCAGUGGCAAAUUAAUACUUGCCCCAGGACACCAAUGUAGAUGUGCAUACCUGUGUGGUCUCUCACAUUCCCUCUGGAUGCCGUACUUUCACUUUAAAAUCCUCCUGUUGUGUUUUAUUGUCCCCCCAAGCCGUGUGUAUUGUAGCUACAGUCGCACAAUAAUCUAUUUUCUUAAGAAAGAAUACCAGCAGUCCAUGCAAUAUAUAAAACCAUUUUUACAAAUAUGUACUUUUAUUGAAAGAUUGAACAAUUUUAUUUUAUUUUUCACUCUCUUUUAUUUCUUCAUGUCUUCUGAGUUUGUUCUGCAGCAGUAACAUACGAGUUCUGUGCUCACACUUAGACUCUGUGGUUAAAUGCAGUUGGAUGUUUGUGAAUUGUUGUUGCUUUUCAUUGCAUUGGUAUUUGCCUUUGAUGCAUACAGAUGAAUUGUAAAAGAACCAUUGAAAGUAAUGAUCGAGAAUGUGCAAAAAUGCCAUUUAAAAUCAUUUAAUUGUGUUGUCAUGAUGGGUUUUGUAUCUGAGAGGUUAAAAUGGAUCUUUAGUUUAAUUAUUCAAUAGAUUUUUAUAUUUUCAGUGGUCAUUUUUCUGUUUAGUCAUCUAUGUAGUGGACACUUUACAGUAAUUCAUGCUUGCAAGAAGUGGUAGCUGGUCAAUUUUCUGCUUUAUAAAUGGUUUUAGAUCAUGCAAAGCUGAUGUAUCAAUUAUUCCAGUUUUACAAGUAUUUAUAAUGGCAUUAGAACACAAAUGCUUAGUUUAAGUAAAAUGAUAUUUGUUCUCGUCUCACUUUAAUAUAAAUUUGUGCUUUUGCCAAUGUUGACAUUGUCCUGCAGAUAUUUUUUUACCUUUUAUCUUUUCAAUAGAAAAUGCAUUUCCGUUUGUUAUUGUAAUCUGUUCAUUCAUCUCUGCAGUCUCCAGUCAUCUUCUUUAUUUUCUUAACACUAAAUGUAUUGUUUAUUGCAUAGUCAGUAAAAGACAAUUGUGGACCAGAAUUUUGUGAAGUAUGUUUCA